GAUCCGAUCAGAGAGAUGGCAGAAACCGCUCCAGCUGUCAAAGCGCCCAAGAAGAAACCUGCAGCUAAACCCAAGAAAACGGGCCCAAGCGUCAGUGAUCUCAUCGUCAAAGCUGUGUCCGCAUCCAAGGAGAGGAGCGGCGUGUCUCUCGCCGCCCUGAAGAAACCUCUCGCGGCCGGUGGAUACGAUGUGGAGAAGAAGAACUCCCGCGUCAAACUCGCCAUCAAGAGUCUGGUGACUAAAGGGACUCUGAUCCAGACCAAAGGAACCGGCGCCUCCGGCUCAUUCAAGAUCAACAAGAAUCAAGCCGAGAGCAAGAAGAAACCCGUCAAGAAAGCCGCUCCUAAAGUCAAGAAACCCGCUGCUGCCAAGAAGCCCAAGAGUGCCGCGACAAAGAAACCCGCCGCUAAGAAAUCCCCCAAGAAGGUGAAGAAACCCGCAGCCGCUAAGAAAGCACCGAAGAGCCCCAAGAAGGCAAAGAAGUCAGCAGCCCCCAAGAAAACAGCCAAGAGUCCCAAAAAGACUCAAGCUGCCAAACCCAAAACGGCAAAGACUAAAGCAGCCAAACCUAAAAAGGCAGCACCCAAAAAGAAGUAA